AUAGAUUCCGCUACGCUUAUGAUUGAAAGCAUCUGGCCGUCAGCUAGAGACGCGCCUCCGACGAGCGAUCCUGCGACGCAGAUUCUCCCGCUGCGGACGUUUAUCGAAGAAACGCUGCGGCGGUCGCGAACGAGCUACUCGACCCUGCAAGUCGCGCUGUACUAUCUCUGCUUGCUGCGCCCGCACGUGCAGGAUCCGAGCAAGUUGCGGGGCAACAUGGGCGCGCUUAACUGCGGGCGCCGAGCGUUCCUGACGAGUCUGAUGCUUGCGUCAAAGUACCUGCAAGACAAGAACUACAGCGCACGAGCGUGGAGCAAGAUCUCGGGCUUAAGCACUGCCGAGAUCAACGCGAACGAGAUGGCGUUUCUUGUUGCGGUGGAGUGGCGGAUUCAUGUGCCGGAGGACGUGUACGAGCGGUGGUCGAACGUGCUUCUGAGC